GUUGUCUUCCUCAAUUGUGUCUAUUCCCUUCCGAAUUGCAAAACUACUUUUCUUCGAUUCUAUACCUUGAAACCCCCCAAAAGACCAAAAUCGCUUGAAAUGGAUGUCGCCGAUAUUGCCAGAAAGCUCGGUGUCGCAGAAUCAAAGCAAGUCAUCAGAAAAGCUGCGGAGCUCCGCCGUCUAUGUGAUGUCCAGUUCGAUUCCUCCAUUAUCGGAGUGGGGGAGGUGUGCAAGGCUAUCAUCUGCUUAGAAAUUGCCGCAACAAGUUUUCAGGUCAUAUUUGACAGGAAUGCAGCGAUAAGAAUGAGUGGGAUGUCAGAGAAGGCCUACAACAGAUCCUUCAAUUCACUACAGAAUGGGCUUGGUGUGAAGGCAAAGUUGGAUAUAAGAGAGUUGGGGAUUCAGUUUGGGUGCGUUAGGCUCAUUCCAUUUGUACGGAAGGGUUUAUUACUGUACAAGGACCGCUUUCUUGCAUCUUUACCAGCAUCCAGGAAAGCAAGUGCUGAUUUCACUCGCCCUGUCUUCACCGCUGUGGCAUUCUAUUUGUGUGCAAAGAAGCACAAGCUCAAGAUUGACAAGAUUAAAUUGAAUGAGCUUUGUGGCACCUCUGACGCUGAAUUUUCAUGUGUCGCUAACUCCAUGAGAGACCUGUGUUAUGAUGUUUUUGGUGCCUCAAAGGAAAAGAAGGAUCCCAAGGAAGUGAAAGGGAACCGAGAGCUGCUUGAUGCAUUACCUGAGAAAAGGAAAUUCGAGGAUGGCGGUUAUUCAUCUGAUGAUGUGUCUGAGCAUCCGAGUUACAAGAAGCGCAAGAGAACGGAUAAAGUUGCUUAUGAGGGAUGGAAGUCAUCUGUCAUCUCAUCUAAUAAACAAAGCAAGACAAAAGGUCCUUGCAAGAGAACCAUACAAACUCCGCUCAACUUUGGGAAGAAAGCUCCUGAGAGCCAGAAGUUGGAAAUUUUGUGAGGCAGAUCUUCUUUGGGUUACUUCUAUAAGAAUUCAAAUGGGAAGAGUUUUGAUCUUGUGCUACUGUAAAGAUCUUUAUAAACUGGGUUUUUUUUAUUUUGGUAGACUAGAGCUUUCAUCAGUUUCUUCCUUGCUCACAAACCAAGAAUUGUAUGGACAUUUCACAGAACUGCAGUUGUUAUUGUGAAUUCUAUGAACAUAAUAUUAAUAUAAAAAUUUUGUGGUUAAAUGAGAAAGUGUUGACAGCUUUUUUGAAA